GGGGCGGACCCGCGCCGGGGUGCUGAGGGGCCGCGGGUGCGGGAUGCGGCCAUGAAAGCCCGCGCCGCCCGCGGGCCCUGCAGGCGCCGCCGCUCAGGAUCCAAGAAGAGUAGAGAAGACAGCAAAUUACCUAAGAUGUGAGAAGUCCUCACGUAGUGAAAUAAAAUCUUGUUUUCAAAAUGGACCGAAGUAAGCGGAAUUCAAUAGCAGGAUUUCCACCACGCUUGGAGCGCGCUGAAGACUUUGAUGGUAGCACUGGAGAAGGGACUGCAUCCCAGCUAGGAAGAGUUUGUACCUCUUCAUACAGAGCCCUGAUAAGUGCCUUUUCCAGACUUACUCGUCUUGAUGAUUUCACAUGUGAGAAAAUUGGCUCUGGUUUCUUCUCUGAGGUGUUCAAGGUAAGGCACAGAACUUCAGACCAGGUAAUGGCUUUGAAGAUGAACACACUGAACAGCAACAGAGCAAACAUGCUGAAAGAGGUUCAACUUAUGAAUAGACUCUCACAUCCAAACAUCUUAAGGUUUAUGGGUGUCUGUGUGCAUAAAGGACAGCUGCACGCUCUUACUGAGUACAUCAAUUGUGGUAACCUGGAACAGCUACUAGAUGGCAACCAGCAUCUGCCCUGGACAGUAAGGGUGAAACUGGCAUAUGACAUUGCUAUGGGAAUCAGUUAUCUUCACUAUAAAGGCAUUUUCCACCGAGACCUUACAUCCAAGAACUGCUUAAUCAAACAUGAUGAGAAUGGAUACUCAGCAAUAGUUGGAGACUUUGGUUUAGCAGAGAAAAUUCCUGAUCACAGUGAGAAGUUACCAGUUGUGGGAUCACCCUUCUGGAUGGCACCAGAAGUUCUCAGAGAUGAGCCCUACAAUGAAAAGGCUGAUGUGUUCUCCUAUGGCAUAAUUCUGUGUGAGAUUAUAGCAAGAAUACAGGCAGACCCAGACUAUCUCCCUCGCACAGAGAAUUUUGGAUUAGAUUAUGAUUCCUUCCAGCACAUGGUGGGAGACUGUCCUCCUGACUUCCUCCAGCUGGCCUUCAACUGCUGUAAUAUGGAUCCAAAGUUGCGUCCUUCAUUUGCUGAUAUUGUCAAAACACUGGAGGAAAUUUUAAACCGCUUGAGAAAUGAGGACUCGGAGAGAGACAGAAAGUUCUUGAACCUUGACAACAAUGAAAGAAAACCAAAAGGAUCAAUUGACAAAGGACCAGGAGUAAAACGUUUGAGUUCCUUGGAUGACAAGAUCCCACCCAAGUCACCCCGUCCGCGGCGGAAUAUCUGGCUGUCACGCAGCCAGUCGGAUAUCUUCUCUCGCAAACCUUCCAGGAAGAUAAACGUGCAGGACCCCUACUACACACCAAGCAAAGGGUUAGGCCGCAAAGUUAAUCCCUUCAGCGCCCGGGAGGACCUCAAGGGGGGAAAGAUCAAAUUCUUUGACAUGCCAAGCAAGUCUGUGAUUUCCCUCGUGUUUGACUUGCAUUCUCCAGAGGCAGGUGGAGGCCUGAAAGCCAGCCAGUCCCAGUUCCGGCAGGCAUAUAGCACAGACUGGCAAGACCUUUCCCUUCUUCCUGGGAGGAGAUGCAGAUCACUUCCACUCUCUCCUGAAUUACCACACAAGGAAUAUGGCCUGUUUGGGGGACUGUCUUCAACUGUUGGCAGGUGUGACCCAGCCCAGUUAGGUGCAGAGGUUCGGCAAAAACUCUUGAGUAGCACAAAAUAUGGUGUGUCAGAGAUUCCCCCCUUUCACGCCAAGCCUCAGAGACCAGAGUUUCUUCUUGCAGCAGGACAAGAAGAGGAUAUGGACUGUUCAGAUGGGCUAGUGGCCCAGGAGGAAAAUGGGUUUUGCCCUGUUGAGAACACAUGUGGAGAUCCAGCAUGUGAUCAACCAUUAGUGCUGGCCCAGUCUGGGCCGCUAUCUUACAAAAAGCUCCCAGUUGAGAAUUCAGUGAACUCUGAGGGACGUGGCUCCCCACAAGUGUUUGCAGGUUAUCUCCCUUCUGAAGAGAUGGAGGUAGAAGAUGAUCUGCUGAACGUUACUCUGUUAGAGUCUACAAAGCCUCUGUUCAGUGUUAGUCCUCCCACUGAGCUGAAGAGAGAGACAUGGCCCUUCAGGAAGCAGGAUGGGGACAGUCCUGCCCUGUUGUCUCAGACCUCCUCCAACAUCUCAGCAAGUGGCAGCACAAAGUCAGCUUGUGACAUAUGAAGAGAGGGCUCAAACUGAAUGUGUCCUUGAGUUGUUCCCAGCUGCUUAAACGAAGUUUUUCUGCAAUGCUGGGCUUCACAUUUGAAAGAAACUCAACAGAUGGUGGAAACUGGCUGUAGGACAGAUAGCUGCAGACAGUGUCUGAAGAGACUGAUUAUUUUAUAAAACUUUAUUUCAAAUUGUGCUUAUUCCCUUUCCUGAUUUGCAUUAGGAGGGGGAACUACUCCAGCCAGAAUGGCCAUGUGGGUCCCACAGUCCUUUCAGGAGGCAGCAGCCAGAGUAGGCAUCAUGUAAACAGUUUGACCUGGAUUUCCAGCAUGGGGCAUUUUAAGGUCUUAAGCUCCAUGAAGAGUAGAAAGAAUGACCCUCUAACUGAACAUCUCCUCUAAGUCACUGCAGAUUUUUCAUUAACAUUCUGCAUCAGUGCACCUGGGUCUGAGCUUCUGUUUCAGAAACAGGCACAGGAGUCUUUCCAAGUUAUGUUGAGCAGAUAGGAAUGCUCUCUAGUCCCAGAGCUGCUUUGAAUGCUGUUGUAGCAUUAAACAAGCUCUUCUUUCAAAAGCAGCAAAAACAAAACCCCUCAUGCUGGUCACAAUCUGCAGGCUGAGUCACAUGACAAGUACUUUGUGAUUAACAAGAAGAUUCUGUUCCCUGGUGUUUCAUUUUCCCUUGGGAUUUAGUAAUGAUGUUUAAUACAUUUGUGCAGGGAAGCUCGCUUCCUUGUACAGCUCUUUAUGCACCUCAGCCCAAAUGUGGAGGAAGAUUUGCCCAGGGCACAGAGAAGCAUAUUCCAGCAUUGCCAUUUCUGGGCUUCUGAAGAAACUGCUCCUGAAAGUACCAGCUGUAAUGAGCUUUUGCAGAGGUUGGGCCCUUAUCUCUGAAGAGCUGAGUGGACAUCGUAAUCUGUUUCUGCACAAUAGUUAAAUACAGUAGCUACAUCACAAGUGACUAUUAUCACUAAGCUAGAAGGGUCAUACUCACCUCCCUCUCUGGUACAACAUCCCAUCUCACUGAUUUCACUGCAGUAAUGAUGGCUCCUCACUAGCCUGCUUGACAGAGGACAGGAAUCUCCUGCUCAGGGGAAGUUGCCAGCAGUGUUGUAGCCCCACAAGUGCUCUUGGAGAGCACAACUCACAGAAGGGCUUUGAAUUGUCAAACUGAAGAAAAUUAGCUUGUCCUAAAUUGACUUUUUGUUUCCUCUACAAAAAGAAUCUGCUGUCUUUAUUGGUUUCUCCUGUCACUGAAUAGGAUGAUCUUUUAAUUUAUUUUUUUACUUCCCUCCACCAGCAGGUGGAAAAGAAAAAGGCCAAGAAAGCCUUUCUUGGCUGGGAUGUGUAUCUUUCCUGAGGUGUAGGUAGCUAUUCCAUGAGUUACAGCUAUGACUUCCUCUAGUGAAGUGUGUGUUAACCUGAGCAGUUCUCCCUUUGCAGUGGCUGUUAUGAAUGAAAGGAGAAGCCCAGUGUUGCUGAGUUAUUUAAUAGUCCAUGCCAGAUUAGGCAGCUGUUGGCAGCUUGAAAGAGAAAAUGCCCGUGCUCACUAAGAUCACCCCUUUUGGCCCACAGCUCUCUGCCUCUUGAAGGUGCUGAUCUGCAGAGUAGUUUCUACCUUCUGUAUUGUGUCUCCAGAGUGCAGAGCAGCUUGUAUGGCUGCCACUGUGUGCGUCUAACUUCGAGGACAGAGAAACACCAGAACUCAGUUGCCUGCCUGGUGCCUGCUUGCCUUUUUUUUUUUUAAUCUUUUUAUCUUUGCUACAAUUGUAUCUUCUGGGAGGGAAACCAUCAGCACCAGCUUCUGUUGUCACAAGAUGCAUUUAGGUGUGUGACUUCAGACAAACAAGCAAUAAUGAGUAGUUUACUUUUGGAUCACCAGGCUGAGGGAAGCUGUCCAGUAGCCUGACCAGAGAGCACACGCACACCUCUGGCUGCCCUGGGGCUCCCGUGGGCGAGCCCUGGCUGUCAGUGCUGACACCUCAUCAUGAAGCCUGCUGCCCUCCCUGACACUGACUGCAAGGCUUGAGCAGUCAGGCUUGGGGUACCCCCAGGGCACCCAUUGCAGUGACCUCACAGUUCUCUUACACUGCUGUCUUUACAACGUCUCCCUGCCCUGAACAGCUCUUACAAAGUGGCAGAGCUAAAAUUUUAUUUUCUUAAAUGUCCGCUCUAAGCACAACCAAUUGACAUGCAUUGGGCACAACUAUCAACAUUUCUGGCUCUUGGUACUGAGGUGGAGAUGUCAGAAACAGAAAUGCCAAGGAGAAACAGCUCAGGCCUUUCCUGGAUUAGUCUGCAUGGGAAGAGGCACACGUAUGAAACCGGAGUAAAAGGUCAUUUUAAAAUUGCAAAGGGGUUGCUGAAACCCAGUGUUUCCAAGGAUGCAGUUGGAAGUCACAACAUCUCAUCCCUUUGGCUGCAUAAAGCUGAAUCUAGGCUGCACCUAGUAAUUCCUAGGUUUUGUGCCUACUGAGGUUGCUUUUCUACAGAGGGCCAUUUUCUGACAGCUACUGAUAAACAUGAAUUUGAACAUGUGGUCAGCAAACUCCUUGUUUUAUAGUGAUGUGACAAAGUUUUAUCAUGAUUGGAUUUUAUCGUGAUUUUCACUUUACAGGAGCAGUUCUUGCUCUUUUAAAGUAUUUUCUACACAUUGCUACACAUCUCCCUAAAGAGAUCAAAGAUGUUUUUAAUUCACUUUAAAUCCAUGUUGAGUUCAAUUAAAUGUCUGUUAUAAGCUAUUUUUGUUGUGGUUGCAGGUUGAUAAAAUGCAGCCAAGAGAAUGCAUGUGAAUUGCUGCCCCUCAAAAGCAGCACAGCCAAGGGGCUGUAGCAGACUUGUACUUGUUGGAGAGGCAUUGAUGUAUUAUGUGUAACAGAACGUUGGUAUUUUUUGCCAGUACAACUAAAGACACUUGAAUAAUUCCUGUUUGCACUUAAUGCUCUUGUUUAUAUUGCAUGUCACUACAUUUCUAUGCAAAACAAAUAACCUUUUUUUUUUUUUUUGGGAGGAGGGGCAGCCAGAUAUUUGAUUAAGUAUAAAGAUCUUUGCGAGAUGAUCUAUUUUCGUAUUUAUGAAGGAGUUUUACGUCUUAAUAUUUUGCAGUCUGUAAAUAGCUGAACUUGUAAUUAAAGGCUUAGGAAGAAGUUUGUAGCCUGUGUAUAAUAGUAAGUUAACACUGCCAGAAAAAAAAUCUUUGCAAAACAACUUUUCUAAUAUUGCGGAUAUUUAUGAAUAUGUAAAGAAAGCACGUCUUGUUUUUAUGUUGAUUGACCUUCUGACUUUUUUGAACUAUAGAAAUGGUGUAUGUUUUAUUGGAACUGCAAUAAGAAGUAACCAAAGAUGAAUCCACUUAAAUAUUUUCAUAAUUUUUUUCUUGGUCAGGUUUUGUAAACUUUCCCAACUUGCUUUCAAAAUAAAAAUGAAAUCAAGGUCUGA